AUGACGGAAGAUUUGGUCUUGUCUGGAGUGAUUAAGUCCUGUGUUGCAUGCGUGAAGCUCUACGGCCAGAUGGGCGAGAUUGAAUCAGUUUCUAUGAGAACCAAUGGUGGUUUCUCGUUGGCCUGUAGUUGCGUACUGAGGCAUGAGACCUUCAUCGAGACAUGGCGCGAGAGGAACUUUGGUGUAUGCAGUGGGCUGACCUACUUCGUAGAUUUCUGGGGCCCGGUAUCAAACUUCGGAAUUCCGGUAGCGGCUAUCAUGGAUACGCAAAAGAGUCCCGAAAUGAUCUCGGGUAAGAUGACGGGUGCCCUCUGCAUCUACGCGGCCACUUUCAUGCGAUACUCCCUCGCUAUAACACCCAAGAAUUACCUCCUCUUCCUGUGCCACUCCGUCAACGCAGGUGCUCAGCUCACACAGGGCUACCGCUAUCUACAAUAUCACUACCGGGGUGUGAAGGAGAAGACGGGUGGUACAAAUGCAGUUGAUGCGGCGAAAAGAAGAUAG